ACAGCAUUUAAUAUUUUCAAGGUCGUUGCUUGUUGACCUAUCGUGUGUGAUGUCUCAUUUAUUUUGCUCGAAGUUAACUGUAGAGUCUUACUAUGAAAGGAGGUCUUAAGAGUGUUGUAGCUCUGGAUCGGUUCUGUAGGGUACUCGAAGAACUUAGCAACAAAGAAAACUUACUUGGAAAGAGAGUGUUUUUAUGUCGUUGGUCUCGCGUUGAUACUUUUUCCUUGAUGAUGGGCAUGGUAUCAAUUCUAUUGAUUGCAAUUUCAUCGGCUUCAUACAUAAAUUUUUCAGGGUAUGUUUGACUUCUGGGUUGUUUAUCUUAAUAAUUGAUUCGCAGCUAUUCAUGGUUUUCUCUCGUUGGAGAUACCAUAUUUGUCCUAUGUUCAAAUUUCGUUUUCUUUAUCACCAUUUUUAUAAACCACAAAAGGGUUUAUUCAUUUCGUACGAGAUAUAAAAUUCUUUUGAAUUCAACUGUUGGUUACAUCAGUAAGUACGUUCACAUUAUAAUCCAUUUACAGGAAGUCUGGAUCCUGAAACCCUUUGCUACUCCUCGAACAUUUCUGGGAAUCAAAUUGUCGGUUUAGAUGCUCACAUCACUAUCCGUGAUGCGAAACUUGUAGUUUUGCCUGCCAUCUUACUGGUUCCUGGUGAUGUCAUCCUUAUCAAACCGGGUCAGACUAUAUUCGCUUUCUGCAAGCAGUUAAAUUCAAAUGAAGUACCUGUGACAUUAUUUGUUGACGUUUGAUUGUAGAAUUCUCGUGUGUUUAUACCUGGUGAUAUUUUUGUUCCACGGAAACUCAGCUGUAAUCUCUCACCUACUUUAACUGCCUCUGCUGAAGAAUCAGACAAACCUAUGAUGGCUAUUGUCACACGUUCUCCACUGACUUCAUACCUUGAAAUUGCUUUAAGUUCAAACAAGAAAAAGAAAUGCACCCCGCAACCCCUUUCUUGCAAAGUUCUGCACAGUGCUGUUGCAGUCUCCGUGAUCAUCAAUAUUACUAUCACUUUUUCGUUUCUCAUUUCAACGUUUAUUAUAUUUUGCUUUCAUGAUAUCCGUGAACCAGGCUUUCGAAUAGUAAUGUGGUUUAUCCGUACACUUGGAGUCCUUACCACUUCUUCGUCAAGUUUUUUCUUCUGCUUAAUAUGGAUGAUUGCUAUUUCCAUUUCUACACUUCGAUUUCAACAUGUGCUCUCAAACUUUCAGAAUCUACUUCAGUCAUUUGAUAGCGACGAGGUUAGUUGUUUGUAUUCAAUUGAUCAGCCUAAAGUAUCCUGCAUUUCCCAUCGAAAUUCGUCGAAUUCCAGCCCAGUUAUUGCCAGUUUUCGUUCAUUUUGCUCCAUGUUCUGUCUUCAGACAUUUGUCGACCUGGAGAAUAUUUUACUUACUUUGGGUACACUGAGUUCUGUGUGCUGUGUCAAUCAAGAAGGUGUUAUAAGUCAGCCUCUGCCAACACCUGAAAAAGUGUUCUUUUUCCACAGACGCCAUCAUCACCAUCAUUUUCAAGAAAACUACAGCACAUAUAAGUCGCAAACUCCAAUUUCCAAACGAAAUUUAACUGAGCAAGGCUAUUCAUGUCAGCAGUGUUCCAGGUCUGAUCAGUUUAAUACGCCAACUUUUCCGCGUACAGCCAAACACUGUGAUGAUCCGUGUCAAAGGGAGAUCAACAAUGUCAAAAAUUUAGUUCAUAAAAACGCUGAUGAUCCUGGUGAAACUCCUUCCUUCCAAAGAAAUUCCUCUCUCCAGCUGAGCAAUAACGUCAUGCCAGUGGUUCUAAACUUCCGAACUGAUUUCCGUCAUCCUUCUGGAUCGCAUUUUGAAAAGCCACGUUGGGAUCGUUUCAUAUCGUCGCUUAAGCCUAUUGGUUUGUCAAUUCUUCUCAACAACUGUCAUUCUUCUGUUAAAAAGCAGCGUCUUGGUUUCUUUGACAGUGUAAAUGCAAUGCAAAAGUAUUUCAUUUCAUCAUCCUGCAUCAGUUCGUUACCUCUUUCCUUCUGUUUGUGUGGUCUUGCUAGUCAGAUAGGAUUUCGUGAUGGAGCUGUAAAUGGUUUUAUGGCUGACGGAUGUCUUGGAGUUUAUUCAUUUUGUUCAACUGCACAUGUUACUGAUAGCGAAAGCUCUGAUGAUAACGCUUCACAUAGUGGAGGCAUAAAUGACAAUCGAAUUCAUUUGGGACAUUGUUUCAGUGCCGUUUUUUCUAAUAUGAACACAGAAAACAGUUAUCAGUUGCUCUCUCAAGGCACCGGUGAUAUCCUAGUCAGUUUGUGUUCUGACAUCUGGGAUGGACGUGAUAUCGUACCAUUGUCGGAAAGUGAACGUGAACUUAUCUUGGGAUUCCAUAAUCGCCACCUGUCAUCUGCAUACUGUAUUGGAUUCGCGUAUUCACCUUUGGUCGAUAAAGCUAGUGAAUCAUAUAAAUCUUUGUUGAAUAACCUUUCUGAUUCGAAAGACAUUCUAAUGCUUCGUUUGCCAGGAUCGGAAAACAUUUCACCACUGUUACAAAGAAGUCCCGCCACAUGCACAAAUUUUGAUAAUGUAAAUCGAGGUUUGCUUUCACUAUCUCAUGAUGUUGGCAGUAAUGAGGACAACCAUAAUGGCGUUACUCCCAGCGAAAUUCCCAUAAAAUUCCAAAAUAUAAAGAAGUCAAGUCAACGAGACGUCAACAGUUACCCAAAAGUCAUCAAUAAAAUGAGAAAGGCCAGUCUGUAUUCUAAUUCAAACUUUAAGAAGUUAAAUACAAACCAAAAAAGAUCUCAGUCUACAGGUGAUAAGGACUUUACUUCUUUUCUGGCUAAACGGAAUAUUUCGGAUAAUCAUGAAAAGAUUAAACUCAACCCAAUUAACAUGGAUGUCAAUGAUUGCUUCGACGAAUAUCGUACUGAUUCAAUUGCAAAUGAACUUCCUAGGACAAAAUGUGUUCCGGAGGGUGAUAUCUACUGCGAAACCAGUGAUGCAAACAAUGAAGAAAAAGAUGAUUUGUACAUCGAUCCAGAAGAAGUGAGAAGCAUACUGAACAAUCAAAUAUUUCUAGGUUUAAUAAGUAUGCAGUAUCAAGCGAAUCCACAAGUUGUCAAAACUAUUAAACAACUGCAUCAAGCUUGCAUUCGAUUUGUGCAUUUCUCUCGAGAAAAUGAACUUCGAAGUCGAGUGUUUGCGGAACGUCUUGGUUUAGAAUGUGGUUGGAAUUGCCAUAUAUCACUUAGAAGUCCUGACUGUCAUAGUGAUUAUAAAUCAUCUUAUCAAACCAAAGAACGCAGAAGUAAUCGCAUUUCAAUUGUAACUAAUGAGUUUGUUUCCAGUAGAAAGAAAUCUGCUAGUGCUCGUCCGUUAAUUCGAUCUGCAAGUCUUCCUUCACUAUCGACGUCACAUUCCUUGAGUUCAACGAACAAAUUUAUAUCUGCUUCUGACCAUAAUCUCCGUCAAUCUAAUGACAACAAGAAAAAUAUGUAUUUCAAGCCAACAUCUACACAACCGAAAUUUUCACAGGGAAAUGCCACAAUUCAAGCACGAGAACUACAUUUAAAAAUUCCUCAUAUUGAUGAUACUACUAAUAAUAAUUCUAGUCGUUCACUGUCAUUCACUGACCCACCACAAUUUGAUAUGCGAAAAAAUGACACAAAAGAAUCAUUCUCUGAAUUUUGUCUGUCUUCUUCGUCGAGUACGUCUACUAGUUCUGUAUCACAGUCAGCAGUGGAACAAAGUGAUACUUCACAAGACAGGACAAUGUCAGAGAUGUUAACAGCAAACAAAUCUCGUCUACCGUGUGGCAUUGAAAGUAUUCGCCCGCAUUUGGAAAAUAUUGAUAACGUGCCUUUACAGGUGUCGUUGUUUACAGAUUGUUCACCUAAAGCUAUUGGUGAAAUGGUGAAAAUAAUGAAAGAAUACGGAGAUACUGUUUGCUUAGUUGGAAGUUGUUAUUCACUUACUAAUUAUGCACUAUUCCUUCAAAGUGAUGUCGCUAUAGCUGUUAAACCUAUUUUACCAUAUUCAACAUGUGAAUUUGCGAAAAAUGGAAUGGACUGCCGGAAACAAAACGAUUUCCAGCUGAAUGAAUCUGAAUGUGCAAAUAGUCAUCUUAUUGAUACCAAUCAAAAAGAUUGUUCUUUUCGUGUGAAUAUGUUCGAUAUUGCUGCACGUCUCAUGCAUUUAGUUACACCCUGUCUACUGGAUAUGGAGAAAGAAGGAUUUCGUGUUUACGAUCUUAUAGUUGAGGCUCAUGCCAGCGUCAACAACCUCUAUCAUUGUUUAAUAUUCAGUUGUACAACACCACUAUCCGUUGGCUUACUACAGUUAUUGUUAUUCAUUGUUGGUUUACCUACACGACCUGUUAUGAUUUCGGAUGUUCAGAUGAAUUCUGGUCAGAAUGAGUUAAUCUGGCUGCCUGCAGAUCCAUUUCGAUCUUAUCUACUCGGUUCCAGGGAAAUAUUUAAUAAUUUAAGCAGAUUUGAUACAUAUACCAAUAUCAAUUUAUUACACUAUAAUAGAAAUUGUGAUUUGGAACCACUUUUCAGUAUUGGCCAACUGUUUUGGCUUCUUUUCGUUGUCAUCCCAGCCUUAACCUUAUCAUUAAUAGACAGGCGCAUUGAACGAAACCAACCUCUACGCGAACCACCAAUUAAGCGUAAUAAAUUGUUCACUAAGAAGAGGUGUGUACGUUUCGCUUUGGUUACUUGUUCCCGUUUCAUACCGUCAGUAUUAAUAUGUGUCUUAUGUGAAGUUGGUCACUUCCUAUGGACUCAACAAUUUAAUGAUUGUCAAACAUCAUUUCAAAGUAUAUAUGCAAAUAGAUCGGACACUGGGAAUGUAUUCAUUAUGAAUUCAAGUACAUCUAGUAAUCAAAUUUCAGUGUCAUCUAUGUAUGAUGUUCAGACGUCAUGUCUAUCAAACUUGUCUUUGUUAAUAUACAGUGUAAAAGAUUUAAUUUUCUACCAGUUUAUUACAUAUGUAGUCAUUAUAUCAUUUUCUUACGCUAAUUACGGCCAAAGACUAUGGCAAUUUCGAUAUUGUACAAAUCCUUCAUGGUGUAUUGUCUCUAGCCUAAUCUUUAUUUCGCACACGCUUUAUGUGAUAAUACGUUUCUGCAUCUUAACUUCCUCGUCCAAGUUAACCAGUUGGCAGGUUUUAUCACCGGCUGUCUUGGCUUUUGGAUUUAUUUGGGGCAUUUUGUUAGUGUUUAUCAAUGAAUUUGUAUCAUGGAAAGAGAGCAAAGCCAUCUUCACUGAACAUCGCCUUUCUCGACUUUACUUCAAUACAAAGUUGGGCAUGUAUUCACCAGUUUGA